UAGAGACCAUAUUCUUCAUAGUUCUUUGCAACCUCAAAGAUAAUGGCAACACAAUUUCUGCAGGAGACGGACAAUUUAAAUAUAAGUGACCCCAAAGAAAUGAUGAGUUUAGCUAUAAAGUGGGUACAGAAGACAUUUCCAAAUGUGGAAUCAGUUACCACAGGGACAUUGCAAUGCUGGAUGGAAGAGAAGCCAGAGGAAUUAAUCAUUCUUGAUACCCGGAGUACAGCUGAAUUUGAAGUCAGCCAUCUGCCAGGGGCAAUACUCAUUGACCCUCAGAGUGAUACACUGCAAGAAUUUCUGCAGAAACAGCUCCUUCCAGAGAGUAAAAAUAAAAACGUCAUUUGCUAUUGCACUGUGGGAUACAGGUCUUCCAUGAUUGCCCAGAGCAUGAAUGAGUUCUUGUCAAGUGAAGCCAGCCAAACCACCAAAACUUCCCUGAAGGUUUAUAAUGCAGAAGGAGGACUGGUGAAAUGGGCCAGUGAAAGAAGGCUGAUGGUGGACAAGCAGGAGCAGCCCAUUCACCUCGUUCACCCCUACAGUGCAGCAUGGGCUAAACUACUGGAACCAGAGCUGCAAGCACAAAUCUAAAGCAUUUCUGCAAGUCUGAUCUUAACUGGGGCCUCUAGGUGAAAUACAAAUGAAUAAGAAUAAGAAUUAAUGGGGGCCCCAACCUCAACUGUGUCUUGUAGGCAUAACCAUAAUGCUACUAAUAAUAGAGGAUUACAAUAUAUAUUGUAGUUGUUUUAAUUGGUGGGCAGAACUAGCUAAAGCUACUAAGCCAGCUUUUCAGCUGGUCUAAAGUGGAGUAGGAACUGAAGUCAAUUCAGAUAUGACAAUUUACACCAGUUAGACUGAAAUCUAGAUUAACAAAGGGCACAGGACAAUACAGAAUCACUCUGAAGUCUGGUGAAAAGGGAGACAUCCUGGCAAAUGCUGGAAACAAGUCUGAAAGAGGUUAUUGUGCCCUAGCAUAAGAAAUGUAAUAAAGGCACAUCAGUCCUCCUCUUACGCCAAGAUGGAACAGAACACUUUAGCUUUAUGAACCUUUUCCUUCAGUCUCCAGGUCUGUCAGUCUGGCACCUAUCAUAAGCAUCUUUUAAAAAAUAAUAUCUAAUAAAAAAUACAGAUAGAAUCCUGUGGUCCAAAUCGUGAUGAAUGGAAAAGCAAAGCACUGUAUUUUUAGCAUCUCUGUUACUGUUUAAAUUUGUUAGUGCAGUCCUGUAUUCACCAGAUAGCUUGUCUAGAUGCAUCUAAUCUUUCUGGGAAUAACAGUUGGGCUAGUCACAGGUAAAGAGAAAGAGAGUGCCAGCUGGAAAUGCAUAGUAACCGGUAAAUAAAAUGCUAUGAUUAAGUGAGA